AUGUGGUCAUUGCGAAAUGUGUUUUCAUUGACGGCUCUGCCGGACUGUGGCGCUGCUGCGGCGGCCAUCACCCCGCCGGACUUUCCUCGUUCCAUCCCACAGGGAUCCCCCAUGCAAGAAAAUAAUAAUAAUAAUAAUAAUAACAGUAGUAAAGAAAGAGGAGAGGAUAAUAAGAAAAGUGAGGAGGUGCACUUCAUUGCAUCUCUCACGUACGCUCUCAUCCCGGCCGUUACUCGUGAGGAGGCGGCUGUUGUUUUGUCGUGGGCGCUGGACGGCAAAUGUGUGGAUGGGCGAGCAGCAGCAGCGGCCCUCACACAGGUGGAAUACUUCUUCGCAGGAACAGACAAUGGGCAGCUGUGCAUGUUUCCACUCUUCCCAUGCGACCUUCGCCCAUUUCUCACAAACACAAUCAUCACAGAACCCGAUGCUUCUUUACCGCAGGAGUCAUCAUCAUCAUCAACAAGUAAAAAUAUAAAAACACCAGCAUUUAAUGGGAAAACAGGAAGACGUCGACUAUUGCAUCUUCAUGGAUGUGAGGAGCCAGUGGUGUCAGCGGCGGUGCUUGGUAACGUUAUUGCCUCUGUGGCUACAGAUGCAUAUAUGCAUUUAAGUUUUUUCCACCCAACACCACGGCAUGUUGUCAGCAUCGCACACCCUUCACCACUGCGUUGUGUACUUUUGUGGGAUGGGAGUAUUUUUGUAAAUCGCGAAGACGAUGCGCAGCGGCGAUCUGAGAUUUCAGAAGCAGAGGCUUCUGUCGUGUAUGUUAUUACAGGAGAUGAGAGUGGUGUGGCCCGCAUCUGGCGGGUGAAUGUGGAUUACAGCACGUACUUUCUUAUUGCUGUGUUUGCCAUUUCUACACCCACCGGCUGUGUUGGUUUUGCCUCUCCACUGCAUUAUCUUUCUCGUGAGGAUCGUGACGCACGACCGGCCGUAACGCGACAAACUAAAAUAAUUCACUGUCUGGCCAUUGAUGAUGAUCAGCGGCUGCUCGCCGGUGUGGAAGGGGGUGUAGUUGUCUGGUCCCUCGCAGCACUCCCAUGGAAACAACAGGAGGAAGAUCAUUUAUUUUGUUAUGAUGAUAAUGGAAAGAAUGACGAACAAGGACCGCAAGAGCAGACAGUUGUUACCGCAAGGUUACGCUUUCGUGCGGAGCGGUUGAUGGAUAUGAGUGUUUGGGUAAAGGGAAGAAAACUAUUACGAGAAGCUUUACACAGUGAAGAUUCAAAUGGGAUUGCCGAAUGUGAUGAGGAUGAGGAUAAUAAUAAUAAUAGAGAUGGUAAUAAUGACAAUGGAAGCCGCCUUCCUUCUACAGUGAUUCGAAGAAGUAAGUGGAAGCCCAAGUACGAUACACACGUGGCGAAUGGCUUCGAUGUGGGUGUGGUGAGCAACAUGGUAAUAGUCCCAUCACAUUUGGUGAAUGGCGCCUCCGCUGCCCAGUUCCUGCAUGAAGCCUCUGUGCCUAUUAUAUUUCCAUCCCUUAAAAACACAGUUCACUUCCCACUCUCUGUAGUGGAGCCAGUAUUCACCCCACUGCAGAUUCUCUCUACCACCGGUAGUUCAUGCUUUGCCAUUCUCAUUUUACAAAACGGUAAACGUAUUGUUACGAGUGGCUCCGACAGUCGAGUUGUACUGUGGCAAUGGGACGCCGCUGCAGGAAAUUACAUCAUGACACUCGCAUCGGAGGAAAUGGAAGGCCAUCGUGUGUUGGGACGACACCUUUGUCUUUUAAGAUCACCGGAUAUUUUUAUCUCAUGUGGAUAUGAUGGUGCUGAGGUACAUGAAUGGCAUGUGUAUGAUGAACCAGAAUUGAUGAUGCGUUGCGAACGACGCUUCUCUGUACGUUAUAUUAACCCGGAUACAAGAGAUAUCUCAACAAGUCAUACAUCCUCAACCAUAAAGUUGGAGGAUAAUAAUAAUAAUAAUAUUAAAGAGAAGGAUACUGUUUCGGGUAUUGCGUGUGCUAUUACAUUUCCAACAUUCUAUGCUUUCUUUGUUGUUGGACUAUUUGAGUGUACUAUUCAGACCUUUGGUCUCUCUGAGGUACAGGGUUGUACGCCUCCAGAAGACUAUGUUUAUAAUGGAUUUAAGACUGUACGUGUAGUACUGCCAGCUAAAUCAGAUAGCUGA